GAGGAGGUGGAGGUCGAGAGAGAGGGAGCCCCGCCUUCGGCCCCCGAGCGUCCCGGGUGCCUGGCUGUCGGCGGCGGCGGCCGGGCGGCAUGAAGCCCGACGGCAAGGUGGUGCUGCUGGGGGACAUGAACGUGGGCAAGACGUCGCUGCUGCACCGCUACAUGGAGCGCCGCUUCCAGGGCACCGUCAGCACGGUCGGCGGCGCCUUCUUCCUCAAGCAGUGGGGGCCGCACCACAUCUCCCUCUGGGACACGGCAGGACGUGAACAGUUUCAUGGCCUUGGAUCAAUGUACUGCCGGGGAGCGGCUGCCGUUAUCCUCACCUACGACGUAACCAACUUGCAGAGCAUAGUGGAGCUGGAAGAUCGGUUCCUGGCCUUGACAGACACGGCCAACGCAGACUGCAUCUUUGCUGUUGUCGGGAACAAAGUGGACCUCACGGACUCCUGCGCCCUCCUGCCAGAAGCAGAAGACGAACGUCCAUCUGAGAAACCCGCCAGUGGCUGUGUUCCUACCAAAGUGAAAAGACAAGUCCACGCGGAUGAUGCUAUCGCACUUUAUAAGAAGAUCCUGAAGUACAGAAUGUUGGAUGAGAAAGACGUGCCGGCGGCAGAAAAAAUGUGCUUUGAAACUAGUGCAAAAACUGGAUACAUGGUGGACCAUCUUUUUGAAACUGUGUUCGAUAUGGUGGUACCGACAAUUUUGGAGCAGAAGGCGGAAGGACCUUCACAAAUUGUAGACUUAAAUAAUUGCAAGACAGCCAAAAACACACAACGUUCCUGCUGCAGAUAAACCAUUACUAUGAAAUCCCCCCCCCCAUACUAAAUUGAGGAGUAUAGCAGUUUAAAUUGGGGAAGGCUACAACACAGACGGCUGUCAAGGUUAACGUGAGGAAAUCCAUUUUUCAGAAUAGGUCUUCUGUAAACUUUGACCAGAGUAAAAGAAUGGGGAGGUAAUAGAAGUGGAGCAGAUUAUUUAAGAGAAGGAGAACAGUGAUUUUUAAAACAGUAACACUUUCAUACUAGCCAUUACUCUGAAACUUCCAAAUCAUUCUUUGGCAUCUUAACCUCUGUGUACUUUCCACCCAUGAGAUGUUUCACUGAUCUGUCACUGCUUUUAAA